AUGUCCGUCAGCCCAAACAUUCAGAACCUCUACCCUCUCUUUCCCUUGGCACCGCCGACCACGCCAAGCGCGCAGGCCGAAAUACGCACGCGCACAUCUGUGUCUACAGCAGCUCCUGGCUGCGGGUCUCGGGCUGCCCCGGGCGCUGGGGGUUGGCCCAGCGGGCGGAUGGAGGGUGGUGGUGGGGCCGGGGCGUCGGGGUAUGGUGAGAAGGGCGAGGACAGCGGGGACGAGGAGGAGGAGCAAGAGGGCGGCAAGGCGGGCUCGCAUGGGUCCAGACUGCCCCCCAUCGCAGGCUGCGCCUCAGAACUGACCAAACGGAAAGUAAAGAAGAAAAAGAAGAAAAAGGCCAAGGGGUCUGGCAAGGGGGACGAUAAACAUCAGAGUCGAACCCUGAAGAAUCAGCAGCUGUCUUCAUCCUUCCAUGACAUCUUAAGACCCAGCAAAGAUCACGGGGCGGGGCCGGAGCACAGACAGGACAGGAAUGAAAGCAAGCUCACCCCUUCUUACUCCUCCGCCGCACGUCUCUCCCACUUUACCGAAAUAGAAGAGAACCUUUCCAACCGGGUCAACGAAAGUCUGCGUUGGGAUGGAGCUCUCGCCGACCCAGAGGCCGAAAAAGAAAGGAUUCGCAUCUAUAAGCUGAACCGGAGGAAGCGGUACCGGGUUUGGGCCCUCAAGGGCUUCCACGCGGACCUCGGUGCCGAGGAGACCCCCGAGAACCCAGCCUGCCUCUUGGACCAGGACGGCGCCCGAGCCGCAGGCGGCACGCACUGAAUGCGGGGCAGCCGAAUUGCUGCUUUAAAGGAAACCUUAUUCCGAAGCUCCUACACUCCGUCCGAUCUAGCUACAACUAUGCCGGAGUGAAAACCCACCCAUGACGCGGACAAGCUUAUAAUUUAUCCUAACCACGAGCU